AUGACAAAAGUGUAUACAAGAGAGGACAGAGAACGAUGUGGAUUGAACAUUCCAGAAGGAUUUAAUGCAAUUGGUGGUAGUUGUUUUGAAGGAUGUAGCGAUAUUGAUAAAAUUAAUAUCCCCACAUAUAUUACAUCAUUAGGAUAUAAAUGUUUUUAUAGGUGUAAAUCAUUAACAUCUAUUAAUAUACCAACUUCUGUUAUUAAAAUUGGAUAUGAAUGUUUUAGUGGAUGCGAAUUGUUAAAGUCAAUUACUGUUCCAUGUUCAGUUAGUGACAUAGGAAAUGAAUGUUUUGGUGAAUGUCCAUCAUUAACAUCAAUUAAUAUUGAAAAUAUUCAAUUUAUUAGUGAGGAUAGAAUGUUUGUAGGAAAAGAAAAACUCGUUUGUAUUAAACUUGGUAAUUUGAAAAGAAUAAAUGGAAAAGAAAUAAGAGAAAGAGAUGUUAAUGAAUUUGUUAUGCCAACAUCAAUCACUGAAAUAACGGAUGGUUGUUUUGAAGGGUGUAUGCCAUUAAAAUCAAUUAACAUACCAUCAUCUGUUAGUAAAAUAGGAAAUAGAUGUUUUAAAGAAUGUAAGUCAUUAAUAUCAAUUAAUAUACCAACGUCUGUUAGUGAAUUCGGAUGUUGGUGUUUUAGUGAAUGUCCAUCAUUAACAUCAAUUGAUAUUGGAAAUGUUCAAUUUAUUAGUGAGGAUAGAGUGUUUGUAGGAAAAGAAAAACUAGCAUCAAUUCCUAUUAAUAACUUAAAAAGAAUUAAUGGAAGACCAAUAAGAGAAAGAGAUAUUAAUGAAUUUGUUAUUCCAACAUCAAUUAGAAAAAUAGGAGAUGGAUGUUUUAAGGGAUGUUCAUCAUUAAAAUCGAUCAAUAUUCCAUCAUCAGUUAGUAAAUUAGGAGACAAUUGUUUUAGUGAAUGUUCAUCAUUAAAAUCAAUUAAUAUACCAUCAUCAGUUAAAUGUAUAGGAGAUGAAUGUUUUAGUGGAUGUAAAUGUGAAGAAGAACUAAAGAAUGAUAAGAGAAUAGGAAAAAUCUACAUCCAAAAAGGUGAAGAAAGUGAUUAG